AUGGCGCUUAUUAGUGAAUGUGUGCAGCCUGGUUGUUCGAUGCUUAGGGAUGAAUAUAUAACAGAAAUGAAAAACGAAGCGAUCCGUGGCCUUCAAACAGCUCUUCCACCGCAUAAUUUCUAUAAUCCACAUUUUCGAUCCCUACAAAAAUUUUUAAUUUACUCAAGCGAAAUCCAUUUUUCAUUAUUAGAGAAAUAUGCAAAAUCACCGAAUAGCAGCGAAAUUGUGCUGAAAUACCCGUAUCUAAGGCUUGGCUCAAUGCAUUUGUCAGUGCAACACAUCAUCUAUGGAUCAUUAGAAGAAUCGGUUUUUUCUCUACGCUUUUUGAUGAUAUUCAAUACCAGUAAUCCUCUUGCUUCUGAUAUAAUCAAAGCUGCUGAACUGCAAUGGUAUCAACAAUUAAAAGAUUUUCAGAAGCGCAUUGAUUCGAAGAUGAAACUGUACUUAUUGGGAGAUGAAUUGGUUAACUACGAAAUACAAAAGGCAGCCUUUUCAACCAUUUCCUAUCUUGCCAUUGGAGCUUCAUUGAUGAUAGUUGUUGUAUACAUUAUUACAUGGCAAUAUGAACAGAAGCGCAUUGUUAAUAUAUUAUUAACAUUCAUGGCAAUUUUUUGUCCAACGCUGGCUGGUACAACCACAAUUGGUUUGUUAUCGUUAAUGGAUGUGCACAUCAACAGUACGAUGAUGAUCACUCCAUUUUUGAUACUCGGUGUAGGAGUGGACGACUUGUUUUUGUUAAUGCAGUUCUGGUUUCAUUCACAAUCUAUGUCUAGCCCUCGCUUUCAAAUGAUGUAUACAGAUAUUGGCCCAUCUAUCACGCUUUCCUCCUUUACAAAUGUUGCAGCAUUUCUCGUAGGAUAUGUCAUGUCACCAUCAAUGGACAUUGCUCGUUUUUGUCUCUGUUCAGCAAUUGCAUUUGCAUUGUGCUGGCUAUUGGAAUUAUUUGUUUUUAUGCCUCAAUUGCUGAUCUAUUGUCCUGGAAAAGUACCAUUAAAUAAAAAUGAAGAAUUCCACAUGCCUAAACGAUAUUUUAAAAUGUACAGUACUUUUCUCCAAAAAUUUUCCUUCGCCCAUAUUGCAGUAUUGUUAUUGAUGUUUGCUUUACUCGGAAGCUGUAUAUUUAUGAUUCUGAAUAUGGAAGAAAGUUUUGCUCCUGAAAAAAUAUUUGACGAUAACUCGUUUCUUGCAAAAUCUCUUGCUUCGAUGAAUAAAAUUUAUGGAGAUCAUCAGAUGAUCAGAAUACUAGUGACAGAACUGCCCAGGAAUGCCACCACAUUACGGGAUGAUAUAACGCGAAUUACAUCUUUUCAUUUUCUAUGCCAUAAUUACACGACCUGGCUCGAACUUUACGAACAGCUCAGCGCAUUGUUACCAUUAAACAAAAUAUCAUUUGAAUUGUGUUUGCAAGGGUUUGCAAAAUGGCGAGAUCGUGCCACUGUUGUAAACGAUUUGCGGAGAUUACUUCCCAAUGGCUAUUCAAUGUUUUUUUAUGAUUCACACAUCCUUGAUCUCAUUUUAUCAAUCAAAGAAACAGUUUUGGAAGCAGUAAUGAUAACAGUUGUAAUUAUGGCCGUCACUUGUUUUUUUUUCUUACCAAUGAUAGGAAUAGCUACUUGCACCAUACUUUCUCUAUUAUCAAUUAUCACACUAAUAGUGGGAUGUCUUCGUUUUUGGGGAGCAGAACUGGAUGUGGUGCUGAUGGUGAAUGUUGUUAUGGCUGCAGGCUUUACUGUUGAUUAUGUGUCGCAUAUUGGCUAUCACUUGUUUCUGGAAGCCGGAACUAUGACAAAUCAAAUAGAACGCACAGCCAGAACUCUGCAUGCCAUUUUUGGUCCUACAGCUCAAGCAGCAAUCACGACUAUCAGUUGUAUUAUGCCAUUACUGUUUCACAACGUUUAUAUGUAUGCUGUCUUUGCCAAAACAGUUCUAUUAUGCAGUAUUUUCGGAUUUUUGCACGCAGUAUUUGUAAUACCCUUUCUAAUAUCAUUGAUGGGAAUGGCAGUGCCUUCAUGUUUCGAACAGUGCAGUAUUAGACAAUCUGAGAUUGUUCCACACAUUGAUGGUUCCAGUUUAACCCAAAAUGGCAAUAGUUCAUCCAUUAAAAAAAGUGUUACAUUCAGUACUGAUUGUUAG